GAAGUUUAUAGUGAAUUAAAUCUCCCAGGUCAUCCUUCUCUGCCGUUAUAUUCUGUGUCGACUGUGGCUGAGUGUUUACUGGUUCGUUUAACUGUGGUGUGCGUCCGAUUGAUUGAUAAAAUAGACGAGAAACUCUCCUGAAAUGGCCACGUAUUUAGCGAGGAAUUUGAUACGUGUUAAUCAUGGGAUCAGAUCACAGACUGCUGUGCUCCCUAUGUCAUGGAAGAGCCAUGGCGAUACUAACAAUGAGGUCAGGGGCUACGCAACCAAGGGUGGAAGCCCUGCAGGAAAGAAUAUUGUCUACGUAGACGGUGUGCGUACUCCAUUUCUCCUCUCAGGAACACACUACAGCAAACUCAUGCCUCAUGAUCUCGCUAGGCAUGCCCUUCAAGGUCUAGUGAAGAAGACUGGAAUUGAUAAGGAUUUGAUAGAAUACAUAACCUAUGGAACAGUAAUCCAAGAAGUGAAGACAUCCAAUGUUGGUCGGGAGGCAGCAUUAGCUGCUGGUUUCAGUCAAAAAACACCUGCACAUACCAUAACUAUGGCCUGCAUCAGUAGCAACCAGGCUCUGACCACUGGCGUAGGAUUGAUUGCUUGUGGUGUUUAUGACAUCGUGGUUGCUGGUGGUGUUGAAUUCAUGUCUGAUGUCCCAAUCAGACAUAGUCGUAGCUUGAGAUCGGUUAUGUUGCGCGCCAGCAAAGCCAAGAGCAUAGCUCAAAAGCUCUCACUCUUAGCAAGCAUCAGGCCUGGCCAUUUCAUUCCAGAGUUGCCAGCUGUAGCUGAGUUUUCCAGUGGCGAAACUAUGGGCCAUAGUGGAGACAGACUGGCUGCUGCAUUUGGAGUAUCACGCCAAGAACAAGAUGAAUAUGCGUUACGUUCACACACUCUUGCUUCUCAGGCUCAACAGCAAGGACAUCUCUCUGAUAUCGUACCAUUCAAAGUACCCGGCAUCAAUGACGUCGUCACCAAAGAUAAUGGAAUUAGAGUCUCGACACCAGACCAACUCGCCAAGCUCAAACCAGCAUUUGUCAAGCCUUAUGGAACAGUAACUGCAGCUAAUGCAUCUUUUAUCACUGACGGCGCAUCCGCUGCUCUGAUUAUGACUGAAGAAAGAGCCAAGCAACUUGGACUCAAGCCUAAAGCGUAUCUCAGAAAUUUCACUUAUGUCUCGCAGGAUCCAGUCGAUCAACUACUUCUAGGACCCGCAUAUGCCAUUCCCAAGGUAUUGGAAAAAGCUGGACUAGAUUUGAAAGACAUAGGAGUAUGGGAGGUACAUGAGGCAUUCGCAGCUCAAAUCUUAGCUAAUUUGAAAGCAUUGGACUCUGACUGGUUUGCCCAAACGUACUUGGGCAAGUCAAGUAAAGUGGGUGUGCCGGAGAUAAGCAAGUGGAAUAAAUGGGGUGGUUCUCUUUCAAUUGGACAUCCUUUUGCUGCGACUGGAGUUAGAUUAGCUACACACACCGCCAACCGCAUGAUUAAAGAAGAUCAACAAUUCGGAGUGAUUGCUGCAUGUGCUGCUGGUGGUCAGGGAGUCGGAAUGAUCAUGGAAAGACACCCAGAUGCUAAAGUUUAAAGACGAUAAUUCAAGGAUGCUGAAUUAGAAUCCGAGAAUAAUAGACUUUGUCGGUCUCACAUUGACAAUUUUUGAAGAUAACAACUGUGGAACGCGCUCAUGAUAGUUUUGCAAAACGAAACAAUUUAUACUUUUACAGCCGUUAAAUAUCUGUUAUCGUGUAAAUAUAUAAAAUAUAUUUUUUAAGAUUUAUUAUCGAUAGAAAAAAAUUCAGCGAGAAAAAUAAAUCAUAUUUAAUCAAG